CCCAAACCGUUGAUUGUGAGUUUUUCGUGUUUGGUAGAUCUAGGUCUCAAAUCAGUAUACAACAAUUUCUGUGCUUCGCCGGAAAUGAACUGACCAUACUCGCAAAACAUAGAAGAAAGGACGGAAUUUUCAUUGAAUGUUUUUUCUUUCAGAUCAAUUUUCUAAUUAAACAGUGGGCUACGUGUAGGUGGUAGUCUGAACAUGGAUCUGUGUUAGUUAAAAGCUAAUAUCGUCUUGAUGUGACGUUAUAACCAUAUCAGAUAAACCGGAUUAACAGUCGUCACCAAGACCAACUAUAAAUAUACAGUCUGAACUAUAAACAAUCGUCACCCAGGCCAGCUAUAGCGUAUAAAUAUACAGCCUACAAAUACAGAAAAAUGGAGACCAAUGAUUUAAAAACCUUUCAUCAGUGUGUUGUAUGUGAUGAGAUUUUUCAACAAUAUGAUGAUUUAGAAAAACAUAAUAAAAUACAUGUUAAAGAAGAGAAAACUGAUGAUGUAGAUGAACAUUGUCGCGUUAAAGAUGAGAAAAUAAAUGAAUAUUGUCAUAUUAAACAAGAGAUAUCUGAUGAUGUUGAUGAAUAUUGUCAUGUUAAAGAAGAGAAAACUGAUGAUAUUGAAACAUUGCAUCAGUGUAAUUUGUGUGAUGAGAAAUUUGAAUUAGAUACUGAUUUAGAAAAACACUGUGGAAAACAUCAUACAGAAGAGGAGCCUGUUUUACAACAUGGUAAAAAUUGGGAGACAAGUUUUAACCAGUAUAAUGAAACUAAGGUACAACAAGAAACAGGUUCUUCUGCAGAGAGUAUAUUAUGCAAUCUAUGUAGUAAGCCAUUUAUUAACCAAUCUGAACUUAAAAAACACUUGAAAAUUCACUCGGAAGAAAAACUUUACAGUUGUGAUAUUUGCUGCAAAUCAUUUGUGAACAGAUUUCGCCUCGAGAGACACAAAAGAAGUCAUACUGGAAUAAAACCCUUCACAUGUAAGAUUUGUGAACAAUCCUUUCAUUCAAGUUCUUAUCUUCAAAUACACAUAAGAAUUCAUACGGGCCAGAAGCCAUAUAAAUGUGAUGUUUGUAGUAAAUCUUUCAACAUGAGUGGUCAUCUAAGAGAACAUAAGAGAACGCAUACGGGUGAGAAGCCAUAUAAAUGUGAUGUUUGUGAUAAAUCAUAUCGCGAAAGUAGUCAUCUUAUCGUACACAAAAGAACCCACACAGGCGAAAAAUGCUUUAAAUGUGGAGUUUGUAGUAAAUCAUUUAUCGUAAGUAAUAAACUGAAAAAUCACAUGCAGAUUCAUACAGGCGAUAAACCUUAUAAAUGUGAUGUUUGUGGUAAAUCAUUUGCACAAAAGAGUUAUUUACAGCAGCACAAGCGAACCCAUACAGGCGAUAAACGUUACAAAUGUGGUGUUUGUAGUAAAUCAUUUUUAGAUAGUCGCAAUGUACAGAGUCACAUGAGAAUCCAUUCUGGUGAGAAGCCGUUUAAUUGUGAUGUUUGUGGUAAAUUGUUCAGCCAAAGUUCUCAUCUACAAUCCCACAUAAAGACUCACACGGGAGAAAGACCAUCCAAACUUUUUGAAUGUGGUGUUUGUAGUAAAUCAUUUCCCAGUCGACGUAAUCUACAGCGGCAUAUCUCAACCCAUACGGCAGAGAGACCUUAUAAAUGUGAUGUCUGUGAUAAAUCAUUUACAAACAGCGACUAUUUGAAGAAACAUAUUAGAAUUCAUACUGGGGAUAAACCAUAUAGAUGUGGUGUUUGUGAUAAAGGAUUUUUAGAUAACCGUAGUCUACAGAGACACAUCAAAACACAUAGUAGAGACAAUAUGUUAUAAUAUGUAAUCUACAGAGACACAUCAGAAUGCAUUUUAGAGACAAUAUCUUAUAAUAUGUAAUCUACAGAGACACAUCAGAACGCUGAGACAAUACAUGUAUGUUAUAAUCUGUAGUCUACAGAGACACAUCAAAACACAUAGUUGAGACAAUAUGUUAUAAUAUGUAGUCUACAGAGACACAUCAGAACGCAUAGUAGAGACAAUAUCUUAUAAUAUGUAAUCUACAUAGACACAUCUAAACACGUAGUAGAGACAAUAUGUUAUAAUCUGCAGUCUACAGUGAUGUAUCAAAACAGUAGCAGAGGCGAGAGAAAUGGGGUUAAAUGUCCACUCGACACAAACUAGGUCAUUUCGGGACUAACAUGUCCGACCAGGAAUAUAGAAGACAGAUUUCCCUAGUACCAACCCCUAUCCACAUUUUUAGUAUUUUCCUUGAGAAAUGUGUCCGUUCUGCGUUGUCGGAUCAAUUUCUAAAUUGUAUUUCGCAGAUGUAGAUCAGAUACGUUUUGCAGGUCUCCAGUGUGGACUGUGAAAGGGGCUUUUCUAAACAGAAUUUAAUAAAGAAACCAAAUUAACAAACCGCCUCACUACUUAAACUGGAAAUGAACUUAAAAUCCUUUAUUGUAUGAGGGUCAGCUAGAUCUACAGUAAAAUAACAUAUUGAUCUGUAUUGUGUCCUUCUGUUGUUGGUGUUGAAUAAAUGAUCAUAUGGAACUUACCUGAAAAAAAUAAAAAAAUUAAUUUAUAGAUUGUUGUUUUUUUAUUACGUAUGAUUUUGAAAAUUUUGUAGACACAUGAUUUUUAAUUGUGGUCUGAAUCCAUCUUCUUGGUAAAAAUGCCUGAAAAGAAAAAUUUUGAAAUAUCAACCCUGCGGUGUACUAUGGGGGGAAAUUUUGUCAGCUGUUUACCAUAACUAUGUAUUAUUUAGUUACUAAA